UCAAAAACUGCCAUUUUUCCAGCUGCUUCUCUCUUCUCCAUUCCCCUAAAUUCUCUAUUAACAAAUUAUGAUUUUUUUAGGGAUUUUGAGAUUUAGGUUUUGAAAUUUGUUUGCCCUAAUUAAUCUAGCUAGCUAUAUGCGUUUCAGUACUGUGUUUGAAUUGUUAAUUAGUUGAAUUCUUCAAAUGGGGGUUCUCAAUUUUUCCGGUUUAAUUUUGCUGAAAGCUGAGCUUUUUCAAUUCCAAUUCCGAUUUGGAAGAGUUAUUGAUUCCUAUUCUGUCGCCUGUGAAGCAUUUUCUGAACCCUUUCUUUGAUUUCAUUAAUUUUCUUCUUCUCUAAGUUUAGUUCUUUUUCUUUUUUUUUUUUUUUUUUUUUUUUUUGUUUUGUUUUUGGGUUUGGAGAGAUGAAUUCUGCGAGUUCUUGGUUUGAAAAAGUGAAAUUGGAUGAACCUGAAAUUGUUGAAGUAUCACCAGACGAGAGAUACAUUCGGUAUAGUGAAAUCUUGGGAAGUGGAGCAUUUAAGACUGUCUACAAGGCGUUUGACAAUAUUGAUGGAGUAGAAGUUGCCUGGAAUCAAAUUUGCAUAGAUGAUGCUUUGCAGUCGCCUGAACAUUUGGAGAGAACAUAUUCUGAGGUUCACUUGUUGAAAAUGUUGAAGAAUGAGAACAUUAUAAAAUUAUAUACUUCAUGGGUGGACGAUGUGAACAAAAGUAUUAAUAUGAUCACCGAAUUAUUUAGUUCAGGGAGCUUAAGGCACUAUCGGAAAAAGCAUAAGACAGUUGACACAAAAGCCAUUAAACAUUGGGCUAGACAAAUUCUCCAAGGUUUACAUUAUCUCCAUAGUCACAAUCCACCGGUUAUACAUAGAGACUUGAAAUGUGACAAUAUAUUCAUCAAUGGAAACCAUGGAGAAGUUAAACUUGGAGAUCUUGGAUUGGCGACAAUUAUGGAGCAACCUACUGUUCGAAGUGUUAUUGGUACCCCUGAAUUUAUGGCCCCUGAGCUAUAUGAUGAAGAAUAUAAUGAACUUGUUGACAUUUAUUCUUUUGGCAUGUGCAUCUUGGAGCUAAUAACAAGUGAAUAUCCAUAUAAUGAGUGUAGAAAUCAAGCACAAAUUUAUAAGAAAGUCACGUCUGGAAUAAAGCCAGCGUCUUUAGCAAAAAUAGCAGAUCCUCAUGUAAAACAAUUUGUCGAGAAAUGUUUGGCCCCAGUAUCAGUAAGAUUGAGUGCAGCUGAACUUUUGGAAGACCCAUUUCUUUCAUCCGAGAGCUUGAAAAACCCCGUAUGUGAUCAUUUGCAGCCCACAAAUUUUGUGCCUGAAGCACAAAGCUUGCCGAAGUCAAGUUUCAUGGAUGUAGACCUUGCACAAAAGUUACACAGUGACAUGUCCAUAGAAAGCAAGACUGCAUCUCCUCGUUUUUCUAAUCUAGAUAUCGUGAGACGAAAUGGGAGAAACGAAUUUAGGUUACAAGGUGACAAGCAUGAUGAUCGUUCAAUUGUGUUUUCACUGCGAAUAGCUGAAUUGACUGGUCGGAUCAGGCAUGUGCACUUUGUAUUUUGUAUUGAUGCUGACACUGUGAUGUCAAUAGCUAGUGAGAUGGCAGAGGAGCUUGAGUUGCCGAAUGACGAUGUGGCAACAAUAGCUGAAUUGAUUACUGACUUCAUUUUCAAACUCUCAACAAGCCAGAAAUAUUCUUUUGGGAGUUCGUCUGCAGUGAAUAACUCAUCCAAUGAUUCAACUUUGAUAACAGAAGAUCAUAUUAUCGGUGAAGGCAUUACAUCUUUGAAUCAAGGGAGAGCAUCAACCUCAGAUGUGGAGUAUAACAACGUUUUAAGGUCUCUUGGCAAUGAGUCAGAUAACAUCAAUGUACCCAAAAUCCAUACUCUAAGCAACAGUAAGGGGAGUCUAGGUGAUGCUGUAAUGAGUGAUUGUACCACCAAAACUUCAGGGAUCUCCUUUGAUAGCUUGCUGAAUGUCAUAUCUAAUGAUUUCAGUUCUAACUCUCUUAUCGACGGGGCAAAUGACAAAAAUCAAUUGCAGGAUCUCAAGUCGGAACUUGAUGCCAUCGAUAUACAGUAUCAACAAUCUUGUCGUGAACUCUCGAGAAUGAGAGAGGAGGCAAUUGAAAAUGCUAGAAAGAAGUGGACUGGUAAAAAGAAAAUAUGUACUUAACUGUUUGGUACGUAUUUUGGUUUUAUUUCAUUCUUUAUCAAACUACCUAGCAGUGUUAAUGAAGUGAAUUGUUUGUAUACAUGCUCCUAGUUGAGCUUU